CAACGUGAAGGUCUCAACUUGACAUUUUUGCACCCAUCAAAAAUCAAAAUCAACACACAUGGAAGCACGAACAUUCUCCAUAUAUAUAUAUAUACAUAACACACAUACAAACGUGUAUUCACAUUCACAUACUCAUCCCUUAAACACCAAAACCCUAAAAAAAAUGGGAAACUCUUUGAGAUGCAUCUCGCAAGACCAAGAACAGAACCAGAAGAAACCCACUGUCGUCAAUGGAGGAGGAGGAGAGAGUAGCAACUCCGAGAAACACGUGCGUAGGCUGUCGCUGAUACCAUCUUUCCGUCGCCGGACUUUACUACCGUCUCUCUCCUGCGCCGGAUCAUCAACGUCUGGAUCGUCCACGUCGAAGAAAGGAGGUGUCAAGACGAAGAAGAAGAUCAGAGAAAGACACCACCAAGAGCAUCAUCACCACGAUAACGAGAAAGACUCUCGUAUCCAAGAACAAACCUUAGCUGCUACAAAUGUACUCUUUAGCCAGACGCCUCGUAACAGCAACUCUGCUCCUCCUUUUAGACGGUCCACCUCCGUCGUCUAUCCAUCCUCUCAGCCACCUCCCUCCGCCGUGGCUGCCGUCACAGGUUCUGUUUCUGGUGUCCUGACUCCUAAAAAGUCUACUUGUGGAUUCGUGAGGAGUUCCAGCAAUAGGCAGAGAUCAAGCACUGAUCCUGUUCUCAAACCCAAUCAGCUUCUAGACAAGGCAAGCACAUUAUUAUUUAAUUAAUUAUCUUAUUCAUUUUCAUAACUUUUAAUUCAAUCAAAAUAAGU